GCGAGCGACACGAGGAAAUUUACACACGGCCGUGCGUGCGAAAUAGUGCGAAUUUUCGAAGCUGUAUUGUACCAUUUGAAGCACUGCUGCCUUCACGAUGGCCGAUCUAGACGAUUUCUUCGCGAAGAAAGACAAAAAGAAGGGCAAGCCCAAAAAGUUUGUCACCGCCGAGGAAAUUGCCAAGCAGUUGGAUGACACGUCGAAGAAGGCCGUGGAGAGUAAAAUGAAAAUGAAACCGAUCGAACCGGCGGAGAAUAAAGCAGAUUCCAAGCAGCAAGACGACGAAUGGAUGGAAGUGAAGGAGCAAAAGAAAGACUACACUGGACUCAAACUGGCACAGCUGACAAUAGACGAUGAAUCGAAUCUUAACGAUCCCGAUCAUCUGGGCGAUUCAAAUGAUGCGAACUAUGACGGGGAAGGAGGCGGAGAGGGAGGCGAUCGCGAUCCCACCAAGCCAUGGAAUAAACUAGAUGCAACUGCCGCGGCACGCGCCAAAGUUCCUUCGGUUGUCGAACCGGCGGCCGCCACAAGCAAUGUUUAUAUUAGUCCUGCUUUGAAAAAUCUUAGAGCCAAACAAAAGAAGGGCGCACCAGAUUUAAAGAGCGAAGAAUACUUCCCAACACUGGGCAUGGAUAAGCCGGAACCCCCGAAGCUGCCCAAGAAAGAUCCUACAUUCGAGGACGUCAAACACGGCGGGCGCGUAAAAGCGGUCGAGCCAUCAUCAUCCGGCCAGGUCAGUGUCGGUAAUCGGUUCACCUCGCUGAGCAACGACGCGAGCUAGGGGACCGAAGUCUGGUUCCCCAGAAUCGCCUUCGUAUUUUCCUCCACUCCUCUCGCUUCCGCUCUGCCGGGUUUCAAAUCCUCUCCAAUCUUUUUCGGUUGCAUAUUCAGCAUCUCGGUCGAUGGUCGUGUUGUUUUACUUUUUUGCACCAUUCUGGUCAAAAGGGUCCCUUUGAAUGGCAGUAUACUUCUUUACCUAUGCGGCAAGUCAAGUCCGCUGAACAAAUCAACUUUGUUUCUAGAAUAUCCCAAUUGCUUACGGCGAUUUGUAUUGGGUUGGUUUCGUUUGUUUUUCUGUUGCCGUUGCCCCCGCGGAAUGUAUAGAACACAGCUAAGGAAUAUAAUACAAUUAAAAUAAAGCUAAACUGCUCCAGCAGACAUUGAUUUAAUGACACACAUUAAAAA